AAACGUGUGGUCUCCUCGUGUACAGGAUGCAUUUAUUCAAAGUAUGGGACCAAACACGUACAAAGAAGGGACUAAUCUUAAUAAAAGAACCUGGAAAUGUUUACGUUGAUUUAAUAUUAAAAGCAUCUCAAAAACUUGAAAUUAAUGGCGCGACUGUUGUACUAGAAUCAGAUGGAACACCAGUUGAGGAAGAGGAAAUAUUAAUUGCUGUAAAACAUGAAACUUUAAUUUUGUUAGAACCGGGUCAAGUUUGGUUGUCGUCUCAAUCCCAGUGUGAAAUAAGUGAAUCAUCCAGUGGUCCCAAUAAUCAUUCUUUCAUGUCACUGACUUCAACAGAGACUAUUGCUUCCACUAAAAGUAACGAAUGUAUCAGUGGUGCAACGGAAUUUUUGAAUAAUGACUCUUCUUCUUUGGAUUGCACCAUACAAGCAUCUAAUUGCAAUUUAGAAUUUUCCUGGACCAAUUUUGUAAUACCUUGGGAGAAAAUUCCACAAGAUAUGCUCCAAUGUUGUGCCCAAGGCAAACGGGACAAAUAUGCUAUUACUGAAAUUGUCCACAUUGUUGUAAAUGAAAUGAAACAAAUCAGUGAAUCGAUUCCGUCAAAAGCUUUUAAAAUCGUUUCUUUUAAAAUGGUCGAUAAAUAUCCCGCAACCUUUAGAGAUUACGACGAUGAUGGUGUGGUUCUGGGAGAUGGUACUGCUAGUUUAAAAACAAAAUUGCAAGAACGGUACCAUUACCUAAAAAGGCCGCAUAAACGGCCAGUAUCCACAUCACCUGAAACACCACUACAUCUUGCCAAAAUUAAGAAAAACGCAACGGCAGGAUGCGCCCAAUGGGCACCACCUUAUCAAAAAGCUGGCGCUGCAGCUAAAAACAAAUUAAAUACCUUCCUAGAUGAUGCUUCAGACGAGUUUUUCCACCUUUUCGAAGAAACUUUUGCAGAACAAAGGGCGUUUAUCAACAAUGUCGACCCUCCAAGUAUCACUAACAUAAAAGACCAAUGGCCCGUCCUUUUUAAAGUAGAAGCCAUAAAAUGGCAUUUUAACAAAGUUACGAACGGAAACAUAAGCAAUCUUACAACGAAUUUACAAUUAAAAGCAGAAAAAAUUGUAAAUUUUGGCUUACAACAUAAAAUUAUCAUCAGCAAAGACGUAAGACGGGAUUCGGCAGAAAUAAUUGCUUUAGAAGUGUUUGCAAGAUAUUUCCAGGAAAAUAUCUAUGGGGCCUUUUACCUCAAAUUUCAGGAUGAAGCUAUGAUUGAAAUUACACAAAACGAACCGUGCAUUAUCAACUGUACUGUCGAAAAUCAGUUCUAUAUAUAUAUGGAAAAAGAAAGGGUGGUACAGUGCAAAGACUUUUUUCAAGCUUUAGAAUGUUGCUUUUCUUUGUACUUUAUUUUUAAUUUACACUACCCGAAGGAGACGUCCACAUUUCUCGAAAUGAUUCAGAGAUAUUUUUUAAAAAUCCAUCCCGACACUGGAAGCAAAUCGCGCAAGUUAUCAGCCUCCAAAAAAAAGGUGCUCAGUCUCAUGAGGAAGUUAAGAGACAUUUAG